AUGUCGUUCGCCAACCACCUAGAGAAUGUUACCAUUCAGCCAAAGAUCUCAGCCAGUCAGGCCAUCCCACCUGUGGCUGUGCCGUUUGUGAGCGAGAAGGCGAAGAAGCAUUUAGACUUGGUCGAGCGCUGGGUCAACGAAGAAUGCAUCCCCGCCGACACCGUCUACGCCUCCCAACUCAACACCACCACAAACCGCUGGACCGGCCACCCAUCGGUUCUAGACCACAUGAAGAAACGAGCCAAGGAGCUCGGCAUCUGGAACAUGUUCCUGCCCAAGAACCACUUUGCCAACGAGGGCAGCCCAGGUUUCACGAACCUGGAGUAUGGACUGAUGGCAGAGCAGUUGGGCAAGAGCAGGAUCGCAAGCGAGGCGUGCAAUUGUGCGGCGCCGGAUACGGGGAAUAUGGAGGUCAUUGCAAGAUACGGCACGCGAGCACAAAAAGACCAAUGGCUCAAGCCACUCCUCGCAGGAGAGAUCCGCUCAGGAUUUCUCAUGACCGAGCCCGAUGUUGCGUCGUCCGACGGCUCGAACAUUCAACUACGCAUCGAGAAGAAGUCUGACCACUGGCUGCUCAAUGGCUCCAAGUGGUGGUCGUCCGGUGCUGGCGACGACAGGUGCAAGAUCUUUAUUGUCAUGGGCAAGACGGAUCCCAAUAACUCGAAUAAGUUUCUGCAGCAGUCGAUGCUUCUUGUGCCCGCGGAGACGAAGGGUAUCACGGUCCACAGGAUGUUGAGUGUGUACGGGUAUGACGAUGCGCCGCACGGACAUGGACAUAUCUCGUUCAAGGACGUCAAGGUGCCGCUGGACUCGAUCCUGGUGGGUGAGGGCAAGGGCAAUGAGAUCAUGCAGGGUCGUCUGGGACCAGGUAGGAUUCAUCACGCAAUGAGGAGUAUUGGUGCAGCAGAAGUUGCGUUGGAGUGGAUGAUUCAUAGGCUGAACGAUGAGCGGAAGACGCCAUUUGGGAAGCCGUUGAGGGAGCACGGUGUCUUGAUCGAGUGGGUUGCCAAGAGCAGGAUGGAGAUCGAUGCUUCGCGGUUGGUGGUGUUGAAUGCUGCGAUUAAGAUUGAUCAGAAGGAUGCUAAGUUUGCUUUAAGGGAGAUUGCAGAGGCGAAGGUCCUCGUACCACAAAUGGCUCUGACUGUUAUCGACCGUGCCGUCCAGGUUCAUGGCGCCAUGGGUAUCCGAACCCUUCGCAUCGCCGAUGGUCCAGAUGAGGCUCAUCUUCAGCAACUCGGCAAGCGCGAGAACAAGGAGCGCAAGGACGAGAUCAUCGCCAAGUUUGCUCGCCAGACCCAGACGGCGGAGAAGCUGUUCAAGCAGAUGGGUCUGACGCCGUAUUUGUUGGGCGCCGAGAAGUUUAGGAGCAAGUUGUGA